AUAGGUUAUAAUGGAUAACAAGAAGAAUAAGAACAAUAAUUGUGCGAAAUAAAAAUUCUAUCAUAUUUCUUGUGUGUAGAAAUAUAUUGAAUACAAAUUAAGUUUUUAUGAAAUGAGAGAUUUGAAAAUUACAUAAAAUUUAUCAUAAAAAAAAAAUAUGGUCAAACAAAUUGUACAACGAAUGAUCAUAAAUCUGUUUAAAGCAGAUCAGUCUCAGCAGCAACUUUUGAGGCUUGCUUUGCCAUUGCAUUUAAAAGAAUAUUCGCUCGUUAGGUUUGUUUCACAAAACAAACUACUGUACAAAGAUGUGGAUGUGUUAGAUCAUACGUGCGAAGUAUCAAAUUAUGAUGCAUACCUGACAAAUUACAAACCUAUCGUGCGAAUUAUGGUACAAACUCUCAAAGAAAUAUUAGAUACAACAUCAUCUGAGACCAAUAAAAUUCUUGCAGACAAUCCACAACUUAAAAAAAGAACCAGAGCUAAUGUUUUGCACAAUUAUUAUAAUCUUAUAGAUGCUGGUGUACAGAAAAAUACCAUUAUGAAAAAUGCCUGGUUAUUGGCGCAUGAAAAUAGUAGACUCAAAGAUAAACUCAAUUGUAUUAAAAUACUUAAUAUGAACAAUGAUCAACUUAUACCAUGGUUACGUUUGACUCAAGAAGAAUUAACAACUUUUGUAUUUCAUACGCAAAAUGAUAUGGGUUCUUAUACAUACAAUAAAAUUGAACAUCUUGCUCAUAGAUUAGAGUGUAGCAUAGAAAAAUUAUGUAAGUUAACAAUACGACAUACUUUCUUAUUAAAAAUUCCAAUUUCCUACAUAGACAAGAAGUUGAACAUAUUACAUGAAUAUGAUGUAAAUAACAAAUAUAUAUUGAAAGAUUUAUGGGUACUUCGAUACAGUGAAAAUCAUAUACGUCACAGAUGUGAAUUGUACAAAGAUACACAAGAUUUAGAAGUAAAAACAUGGGCUAUAAGAUGUCCACUUAGAAUUAUAACAAAAGCCAUUCAAAGGAAUAAUGUAAAACGCAGUUUAAUGACGAAUUAUUCAAGUGUUAAUGAAUUUUUGAUAAAUAAAUUAAAGGUCGAUGAAGAAACGCUCAAUCUCGCGAUCACAAAAUCGCCAAGUAUUUUACAAGUGAAUUUAAUGAAAUUGAAUAAAUUAAUUAACAUAUUACAUCAAAAUAAAAUUACUAGCAAUGAGAUAUUACAACAUAUACGAAUCUUUUACUUCAACAUCGAAACUAUACAGAAACGAAUUAAAAUUUUGAAGAAAGAAGGUCUUGUUCCAAGACUUACUGUGCUAAUGCUAGCUGAGCAAUCUUUUGAGCGAUAUAUUAAGAAGAAUUAUCUACAGCGAGAAAUAUUGCAAGAGCAUAAAGAUGUUAAAGGAUAUUUAAUUGAUAAAUUAAACGUUGAUGAAAAACUUCUCCAAGAUGCAAUUGCAAAGCGACCGACCAUUUUGCGAGUAAAUGUAUCAAAAAUAGAUCAAUUGAUUGAUUUAUUGCAACAAAAUGGCAUAACGGGUAAAGAAAUAUUACGUCAGUCACGAAUUUUUUAUUUUAAUACGGAAACUCUACGCAAACGAAUUGAAAUGUUAACAAAUGUCGGUCUGUUACCAAAAAUUACUAUACUAAUGAAUUCUCAAAAAGAUUUGGAAGACUAUAUUAAGUAUAAAUUACAAAAAAUUGAAAAUAAAAAAUCUGAAAAAUUAAUUUGCACGAAAACUAAUAUUAAAUGAAUUUAUUCUUUUAAU